GCCGGGGAUGGGCCGCAUGCUGGCCAUGGCGGCAGCGAUCGUUCCCUUGGCUUCUCCUGCUCAGGCAGGUUUCCCCGGCUCAUCACUCAUCUCUCCUCUUGCAGCCUCAGACCGAGCCUGUUCUCCUCUCGCUUUCCACUUCCCUGCACCUCCAUGCCUCGCCUCGCCUCUUGGCCGGUCCUCCUUCACUGCACCCAAGGUGGCAUGGAGGACUCGUCGGGUGAAGAGCGCCAGCGGUGCGUCUCUGCACUCCAACACGCUACUGAUGCAAGAAGAUUCUGGGAUCAUGAUGGAGAACUGGAAGCUGGCUCUUGAAAAGGCGGCAGAGAAGUGGAGGUACAGGCAGAGGGAGACUUUCGUGGACAACGAACUGUACGAGAGAGAGUGGGUGACGCCGUUAUGGAUGAUCACACAAGAGCCAGACCUCAACAAUCUCGUGAAGUAUCUGCAAGAGAUGCGGCUUAAGAUCAACGAUGCUCCAGAUCAGGUCCACGUCAUUCAGUUCUCCAGGGCUCAAAUUGAAGCAGCGAGGGAAGCGUUCUCGAGGAUGGUGAGGAGCGGAGAGAUGAGGCUGCACAGGCUGUGCGAGUUGAUCGGGAGCGAGAUCUUCAGCACCAGCUACUCCCGGCAGGUUGUUGUCGUCGGCCAGCGCAACGUCGGGCCGAAGGGGCAGGGCCAGCGUUUUCAGCUGGUGCAGCCCCUCUCUGCUGAGGAGCUGUAUGCUCAGACAGAUCUUGAUUUGGGGUCGCGCCAG